AUCAAAAAACUUGGAACACCUAUUUGUGUGUUGCCGGAGGAACCAAAGUUAUUGUAAACAAAACAAGUCAAGCCAUAACGAACUCAUCAGUAAAGACACCAUGGCUAGCAAGGACGAUCGUAUGAAAGGAAAACGUAAAAAUCUUAAAAAGUAUGACAGAAGAGGAGCACAUGAACAGUCAUCAUCCAGUUCACAAUCAAAACACGACACCCGUGGCAUUAUAGAUAUAGCGGAUUCCAGUGAUCUCGAUGUAAUUGUACCAAAAGCUGGACGACAAAAGCCAAUGGACUAUCCACCCGAUAUUGAUGACGACAAUGAGGGAAAUAGGCAAUUACAGGCAGCAGACUUCAAACAACUAUCCGAAUUGCCUAUAUCAAUUGGUGGACAUUUUCAGUUUUCGUCUGAAAAAAAUUGGGACACAGACAAUGAUGAUCUUUUUGAUAAUACAGAGGUUAGCGAAUAUUUUACAUUGAGUCUAAAGGUUUUGAAUUCAGGGUUGAAAACCAUACCGUUUUAUAAACGCAUGGAUUAUGCAUCAGGGUUUUUUACAAAUAAUCAAAUUAUUAAUAUGGAGAAAUCCGCCGAAGAUGCAGAAAAAGCAUAUCAGGAUGUGCUUAAGCAAUAUUUAUCGCAACCAAAAAUUAAAAAAGGUAGUUCCGCAAAGUCCACCGCUACAAAAAAAGACCCACUAGCUGAAGCAAUUGAUGAAGGCCCUACUGAUGAAUUGGAUGAUUUGUUAAAUAUGACUGCUGCUCAAGUUAGUCAAGUGCAACUUGAUGCUCCAAGUGUCGCAGCAACAACAGUUGAUACAGCAAUAAAUAGUAACAUAGAAGAUGAUCAAAAAUGGCUCGACGAUGUACUUGCGGAAUAAAUAUGAAAACAUUGAUGUUAAUCAAAUUUCCACUAUGCUUUUAAGUAAAAAUUAUGCGCUUGUAAAACGAAAUAAAUUAGUUUUCCAUUUUUAAUAAAUACCAAGCUUAUGUUUAACGAAAUAA